AAAAUCUCGAUCAAUUCAAUCGAUGAACCCUCUUUUAUUAAUUUAUAUCAAAAUAUGUUCAAAACUCCUACUUAUUUGCCUUAACAUCUUCUUUCAUAAGGUAUAUAUUGCAAUUUACAAAUGUGAAGUUGAAGGUGCUAGAGGGCGUAACGAAAAACGAAAAGCAAUUGAUCAUUAUUCAUAUGCUAUAGACCAAGAAAUAGGUAAAGGAUUCAGUAGUAGAGUUUAUAAAGGAAGAGAUGAAAGAACCUCAUAGAAUGUAGCUAUUAAAGUAUAAAAAUAUCUUCGUUUAGGUGAUCGACAUGAAGUAAUAGAUACACACAUAAUUAUUAAAAAAUGAGAUCAGAGCGUUGAAAUCGUUCAAUCACUAGAAUAUUCUUAAGCUUUUUGAUGUAUAUUAAACAGAAAAUAACACUUAUAUCAUCACAGAAUUUUGUGAUUCGGUAUUAUCCUGAUUUUAUGAAGGGAGAUCUAGAAAAAUUUAUUAGAAAAAAUUUGAAAAUCAAAGAACCAGAAGCAAUUAGAAUAUUGUAAGCAAUUGUACAUGCAAUAAACGAAAUAAAUCUAAAAGGAUUUAUCCAUAGAGACAUUAAACCAGCUAAUAUUCUCUUAAGUGGGAAUGAACCAAAAUUAGCUGACUUUGGAUUUGCUAUACCUAUUUGGUAAGCAAGAAUUUAGUAAAGAAAUAUCAAUGUAGGUACUCCUCUAUACAUGUCGCCACAAGCAUUAGGAGAUUAUGACUAUUCUGAAAAAGGAGAUGUAUGGGCUGUAGGAGUAGUGUAUUUUGAGAUGCUUUUUGGUAAAAAUUUGUUAAAUUUAAUUUAGGUAGAACACCUUUUAUUGCUUAAUCAGAAGCAGCAUUAUUAUCUAAUAUACUUAAUUAACAAUUAAUCAUACCUUAGACACCAUCAGUUUCAGAGUUGUCAAAAGAUUUCAUUAAAAAAUGCUUAUAAAAAGAUGAUUAUUUAAGAUUUAAUGUGAAAGAUAUGUUUGAACAUCAAAUCAUAUAAUCAAAACAUUUCAAUAGUUUUUUGUAGGAAGAUCCUUUCUAAGAAAUUACAAACAUUACUUCAUCUAUUAAUAACUCUUUAGUAAAGAAGAAUAAAAGAAGCUAGACUCAAUAUUUCAAAAGAAUUUCAAACAAAGAUUAUAGCACUCUUUAAAUUGAUUUAUAAGAAUAGAAUGAAAAGUAUUAGGUUUAAAAGGAUGUAAGUUAAAGAUCAUCUAGUUAAAAUUAGAUUUAAUUGCAAUAAUAAAAAAUGAAACAUUCUUAAAAUACUUCAUAUCAAUAAACUAAUAAUAACAAUAUUAGAAUGCAAUAAAAUUCCUAAUUAAGUGCUGAAUUUAAGGCUAACAAUGAAAUUCUGUUAUUUUAUUUAAACUAUUGUCGAUACUUAUUUAAGUUUUCAUUACAUUUAGCCAAUUCUAAAUUUUUUUAAUUUGAAAUUCGAGAUAAGAUUUUGCUAAUCUUAGGAAAAUGCAUAGUCAUAAAAAUCUGCCAAUUAUCUUAAAUCAUGGAUAAAGAAAAUAAAUUGGAUAAUCACUUUUCACUUUUAGAUUAUGAUAGGUACAAAGAAAGUGAAUAGUUUAAUGAAUUUUGUUCAGCAAUUUCUGAAUAUUAAUUAAAAUAUAUGAAACACUUUUAGAGUACCUUGGUAUAAGCUCUUAGAAAUAGUAAAUAGUUUUUUCUUAAAAUAAGAUUUUCAGAUCGACCCAAUUCUAGGUUCUUCUUGUAAUGAUUGUCUAAAUGAGAGUAAUACUAUUUAUGAGAUAGCUAUGUAUUAUAUAGACAUGGGUCUUAAUAGGUUGCUAUUGAAUUUACACUAACCAACAGGAUAGAGGUCGUCUGACAGCAAAAUAAAUUCUGAAGUAAAAAUUGAAUAAUUUUAGCUAUAAUAAAUUUUGUUUAUUGUUGAAGGUUUGAACAACUGCAAAGAAUUAAUCUUGAUGAUUUAGUAAUGCAAAUAAGAUUAUGGGAAAUUCUAAAAUAGAUUUUCGAUAGAUAGAAUAAUAGGACAGAAGGUAGAUCCAAUUUAUUAUAAAGUAACAGAAUAAUUAAUUUAAAAUUAAUUUUGA